AUGGGAGCCCGUUCAGGUCAUCUUUUUUUCCGUAAUCAUUCGGGGGCUAUUGAUUUUCCAGAUGAUAUUGCUAAAUAUUUGAAAAAAGAAAGUUCGUAUAAAGCUAUUGUUGGACCAUUUAAGGCAAAUCCGUUUAGCUGUCCUUCAGCUUUAUCUCCUUUAAAUUCCGUUCCUAAAAAGGAUUCAAUAGAACGCAGGGUUAUUGUUGAUUUGAGCUUUCCAGAGGGCGAGGCGGUUAAUUUUGGUAUUUCCAAAGAUCGUUAUUUAGGCGAUGAGAUUUCAGUUUCGUAUCCCACGGUUGAUGAUUUUAUUAGGUUAAUUAAGAGGAAAGGUCAAGAUUGCAGAAUGUUUAAGAGGGACCUGAAACGGGAUUAUAGACAAUUUGUCGUUGACCCCGGUGAUAUCCAUCUCCUAGGUUACAAAUGGAGAGGCCACUUGUAUUACGAUCGUGUAUUAACAAUGGGGUUGAGAUCUGCGGCAUAUAUAUGUAUGCGAACAACAAAUGCUAUUGCAUUUAUGUGUCAAAACCUGGGUAUAGAUAUUUUGAACUAUUUAGAUGAUUUGGUUGGAUGUGAUAGUCCUUCCAGCAGUGAUGAUGCUUAUUGCAAAUUGGGUCUUAUUUUACAGAAUUGUGGCAUUGAAGAAUCAUUUGAGAAAGCUUGUCCGCCUAGUACAAAAAUGAUGUUUAUUGGCAUUUUAUUUGAUUCUGAGAACAUGACAAUUUCUAUUGAUACUCAAAGAUUGUCAGAGAUUCUGCAGUUAGUUUCUAAUUGGCUUUGUAACACAAAUUGUACAAAGAGAGAACUACAAUCAUUGCUGGGAAAAUUAAAUUUUGUAUCUUAA